UUUAUGACAAUGUUUGAAACCAGACGCGCAAGUAACCAUUAAAAUAAGCAGCAUCAGAGUUAUCACUCGUAAUUUUAUGACCAGCAAACUCAAAAAUGGCUGACGAUAAUCGCACUAUUUUUUCUGACAAAAGUUUUAUUAAUUAUAGUGGCCCAAAAGUAAAUAGUGUGUCUCCAGAAGCUUCUUUUGAGCCCCAAUUUUUGUUGAGAAAUAUAGAAACUCCUGGAAGUGUUGCCACUCAAAACACCAAACCUGUCGAUAAUGGCGGCUCCAAUGCCGAUGCGGUCAAAACUGCUUCGAUUAAUUUCGGAGAGUCAAUUGCGCCUCAAAUCUUUCAAUCACCGCAUACUAUUCUGCGAGUUUUCUGGGUUUUGGCAUAUAUCGGACUUAUUGGGAUUUUUACAUUUCAAUUUUACUCGCUGGUUGACAAGUACAUGAAGUAUCCAGUUGUCACGCAAAUAACCAUUGACCGGAGAACACAAUCUGACUUUCCAGCGGUGACUUUUUGUAACAAUAACCCUGUGCGCAAAUCAGAGCUGGAAAAACGGAGGAACUUUGUUGACCUGGCUAGUUUGGACGAGUAUGUGGAAUCGCGGCUGCUUCUCCAGAUAUCAGAAGACUAUGGGUAUGAUUGGGAUCUGGAAUGUCCGAAUGGAUUUGAGGAGUGUCCUCAAACAGGCGAGUGUAUAUCAAGCCAGUGGAUGUGCGACGGAACUUGUGAGUGCGAAGAUUGCUGGGACGAAGGAACCAUUUCCCGAGAUGAUGAAGGUCCCAUUAAUUGCACUUCUUACUGGGCCGAACAAGAAGUAGGAACCUAUGCAGAGUUCACUGGAGACUGUUUCGAUGACUAUAUCGAGUGUGGAGAUGCGACUGAUCCUGUGUGUGCUGCCCCAUGUGACGGGAUCCCAGAGUGUCCCGAUGGAAUAGACGAAUCAGGAGGACCGCCGUUCUACUGCACAAAGGGCUGUUCGCAGUGGCUUCAGGCGAGGAGUUAUGAACAGUAUUUUACAAGUGAGGGCUACUCGGAAAAUGCUCUGUACUCUAACAAUCUGGACUGUGACUGGAUCAUCACAGCAAAGGAAAGUAACAAAGGGAUAGUCCUCUUAGUGAACCCACCUCUUAACAUUGAGAGCGAAAAUGACGAAGAGGGUCUACAAGAAGAUUGUUUCGACUAUCUAGCCUUCUACUCUGGCGAACAGGAAGUUCCGAUCUCGCUCUGGGGAUCCUAUGAACUUUGUGGAACAAUAAGAGCAUCCCACAUUCCUCAAAUGGGGUCUCUUCCUAUGCUCCACUCACCUAGCAAUCUUCUGGUUGUUGAGUUCUUCGCCGAUUUUUCAGAGAGACGAAAGGGGUUCAACAUAUCGUACUGGCAGUAUGAUAUAGACUCUAAUUGGUCUGGAUCGCCUUCAGAGUAUUAUUAUCCGAAUGAUUUCGGUGAUGGAUCUGGUAGUGAAAGUGGCGGUUCUGAGUAUGCUGGGGGAAGUUCUGUUGAUUGGAUUCCAACGACUCCUGCACUUGCAGUUACAACGACUUCUGAAGGUGUUUUCCCAAGACGAACGAAACGGGGUAUCGGUUCACGCGCUCAAAGCAAAAAACAAAUAGCUGAGUCCGAACGAAAGACUGGUCGAGCGAAGGCUUUUGUGAUGAGAGAUGAGAAUAAAGUUGUGCAAAAAAGGAAGAAGAAAGGAAAUAAGAAGCGAAAUCGACGUCAAAGUUCAACAGAGACACCUGCGUGGAGAGACCUCUCGUAUGACUAUUGGCCGCAAGAAUAUUUUGAGGAGUGGUACUGGGACAACUAUGAGCAGUGGUAUGAGAACUGGGACCCAUUUGAGGCCUAUGAUGGCGUGGAGUGGUAUGACUGGGUGGCAGUGUAUGAGUUGAGCAGUAUGCCAGACUACAGUGACUUUCGACAGUUCGCCAUAUUUGACCAGAAACAGUUCAACCAUCUUGGCACUCAAUUGACUGACUUUGUGGUGCAAUGUACUUUCAAUGGACGCCUGUGCAGCAUGAAUGCAGACUUUGUGCAGAUUCAAAACCCCAAGUACGGCAAUUGCUACUCAUUCAACAGUGUCCUCAACAAGCAGAUAGAUAAUGCCACAGGAGAGUUCCAGAGAAUAAGGGGCUCGUCCAAGACAGGUCAGGAGUAUGGACUGAAAGUGACCUUGUUUCUAGACUUCGAUAACUAUGUGGGAUCUCUUGCUCAUGACGGAGGAGCACAAGUGGUCAUUGAUCCUUCUGACCAGUACCCUCUACCGGAGUCAUACGGAGUGACAGUCUCAUCCGGCUCAGUGGCCAAGAUUGCAGUGCGCAAGGAGAUAAUGGAGAGAAAAGGCGGCAAGUUCGGACCCUGUAUUUCCGAGUUCCCAGCUGAACUGAAUGUUCCGGAUGAUAUCAGGAGGCAGUGGCCGUAUAGUUCAGAAGUUUGCGACUUGUUUUGUCUGCAGACGCUGCUUUGGAACAAAUGUGGAUGUGUGGAUAACUUUAUUGGCAAGUUCUAUGAGGACAACAAUACUUCAACCAACAAAAUUUGUCAAGCGUGGAGCCCAGAAGAGCGCAAUUGUGUAAACAGCCUGUACAAACUAGUGAAUGCCGAGGAUGCUUCGGUCGCUUGUCCAUGCCAACCCGCUUGCCGAAGCGAGCUGUACCAAAUGUCCAUCUCCGAGUCAGUGUGGCCUACUCUACAAUACACACCUUACUUAAUCAACAUCCUCAGAAGAGAAUCGGACUCCCGAACUCUCCACUUAUGGUUCGACUCCGUCUUCCAACACUACAGCCAUCAAACUCAAAGUGGCAUGGAUGAAUUGCAGGAAGAAAUGAAGAAGAACUUCCUCCGGGUUGAAGUGUAUUUUCAACAUUUCAACUUCGAGCGGAUUUCGGAGUCACAGGCAUACAAUUUGCAGGCUCUAAUGGCGGAUUUUGGAGGUAAUAUUGGACUGUGGAUUGGCUGGAGUGCGUUGACGGCGUGUGAAAUUUUGGUGUUUUUAUUCAACUUGGCGAGAGGACUAUUCAAGAAGUGACAGAAUGCAAGAACGAACUAGAAAAUCAAAAGUGAAUCAAUUUUCAGAUUUUCCCAUUCACAGUAAAAUACGCAUGUUUUGUUAGUAGUUAGUUAUAAACAAUCAAUCUGUACAAUUUUGACUGCAGUUCGACUUGAUUUGUAACUUCAAUUGUAAUUUCAUUCAGGGGUAAUAAUUUA